GUAUAUCAGCGGGUACUGGAUAAUACACAAGUACCAAUUUGAGUAUAUAUAAAUUAUAUGUAUGCAUGCAUCAGCUAUACUAAUUUAUUAAAUUGCAGGAUCACCUUACCAUGGGGAGGAUGUGUGUUACCCUUUUCGAAAGAGACUAUAUAUGUGAUGUCAGACGCAAUAGAUUUGGAAGUCUUUGUCCCGGUUACCCAGGGUUCAUAGUCAUCCCCUUGAAGGAGAAGGCAAUCGGUGCUCCUACGCCGAGUCCGGAAUCUAGGUUAUCCGACUUUAAUGGCGAAGAAUGGGCUAAAGAGGUUAAAGAUUGUCGUCUCGUUAGGCGCAAGAAGAGAUUUCCUUUGCCUGUAAUCCUUUGUCAAGGGAAGUAUGUCUGCCGUUCUGCAGCACUGCAAGACAAAGUGACAAAAGCAUGGCAUCAUAAUUUUGGAAGAGGAAAAUGGGUUACUUUCUCGGACUACGAGAUGAAUAUAAACACUGCAGUGUACAUAUUAAUGUCUGUUAAAUUCCAAGAAGAAAUGAAGAGAGAUGUAAAGCUCCUGAAGGACUUUGGCGUAGGCUAUAUUUGCGAUUUCAGAAACAUAGGCGAAGUUAUGAAAAGCGAUGAAAAUGCUUCUGCUCCAGAAAAUCAUUACCUGCAUCUUUACGAAGAAUUUGAAACACUUCGCCUACCUUACCAAGGUGCAUAUCAUUUUAGAGAAUUCCUUGAGAAUACAAAAGUUGAAAAGUUGAAAUUCUAUUGCGAUUGGUCUAAGAGAGGCACUGCAAUUCGGUUCCCUGUUGAUGUAAAAGUUCCAGGCAUGGACAUCAGUAAAUGCCAACUUUGGACGGCUCUUGAAAUCACUCAAAAUUAUCUUUUGCUCUUGUUGACCUGCAUAAUGUCUGAGAAAAAGGGAAUUCUCAUAAACUCCCAUAAUGGUUUGGAUAGGACACCACUUUUCGUAUGCCUUUUACGUUUGUCGCUCUGGGCCGAUGGUUUAAUCCACCAGUCUUUGAACCCUCUGGAAAUGGCUUUCCUUACAGUAUCGUACGACUGGCACCUCUGUGGGCAUGACUUGCAGGAUAGAAUGUUCCAAAAAUAUCUGAUAAUGCUGUUUUGCUUCAAAUGUCUCGAGCAUAUUUCGUCCGACCGGUUCUCUAUGAAGAAAUUCUGCGAGCAGUCUUCUCAAGGAGAAAGCAGUGAGAGCAAUUCACCUGCAUCUGAACGUGAAGAAAAACUUGCAGCAGUACAAGAAAUAUUUUUGGAGCUUUACAAAGCUAGGUCGGAAGAGAUGAAAGCCGAUAUUAAACGGGGGAAAGAAGAAUCCAGAGAAUUUGUGAAGUUGAUUCGCGAUAGAAAAAGAAAUUUGUAAAUGUUCUCAUGUGUAUUGGAAGCGUUUCUAAUGUGUUGUCCGCAUUGUGAAGUUAAUAACUGUAACACAAUAAAUUUGAAUUCCUAUA